UGUUCCACUAUAUUAAACACCUGGCAUCUUUCACCUGCUGUUCCAGGUUCUCACAAUGGAACAAGAAACAAGGCAACAGUUUGUUUCUUCACAAACCUGGCAUGAAUAUGACAGAGUUUGUAGCAAGAAUCCCUUCUAGAAGGAACCUUAGGUGCCUAACAAUAAAAUGGUGACAUGUAAGAAUAGCCAGGAGGUUGGAGGACAGGGCCCUAUGAUGACUGCUCUUCAUUGUUGACUGUAUAUGGCAUCAACCAAAGCUGAGCAUCUUGUGAGGAAUUUCUGAUCAUAUUAUUAGAAUCAGGAAAAGCCAUGGGAGUGCAGGUGGAGACCAUCUCUCCUGGAGACGGGCACACCUUCCCGAAGCGUGGCCAGACCAGCGUGGUGCACUACAUGGGGAUGCUUGAAGAUGGAAAGAAAUUUGAUUCCUCUCGGGACAGAAACAAGCCUUUUAAGUUUAUGCUAGGCAAGCAGGAGGUGAUCCGAGGCUGGGAAGAAGCGGUAGCCCAGAUGAGUGUGAGUCAGAAAGCCAAACUGACAAUCUCCCCAGAUUAUGCCUAUGGAGCCACUGGGCACCCAGGCAUCAUCCCACCACAUGCCACUCUGGUCUUCGAUGUGGAGCUUCUAAAACUGGAAUGACAGAAGUGGCCUCCUCCCUUAGCUCCUUGCACAUGGAACCCAGAGGCCACAGCCAGGGACUGAGUGAGGAUGCUUUUUGGAACCUCAUUGUGUUGUCAGCAUCGGGAGUGGGAGGGGCGGCCUCCUUCUGUUUUUAGCAAGCUAAACUUAAUGUGAGGUUACCAGGAGAAAAGCCAUAUGAACCACUCAUGGCAAGUCAACACAAGAAAGUUACUUGCCGGAAAACUGAGUCAAUUCAUCAGCUUUUUCCAGCUUUAAGAAGUUGCCUGGUUCAAGACCUCUCAGCUGCUCAGGACGGGACUUGACAUGAUAGAUAAUAUUGUGACUGUCCACGCAUAGAACAAUGAGUUACUGGAACUCCCAGAUUUUCUGUCCCCCAACAGAUCUGCCAUGGAGGGAUCUGGUACCUCCAGACGGGUGCACAUGAAUCCAUGUGGAGCUUUUCCUGAUGCCCACCACUCUUUGUAUAGACACCUACCCGACUGAAUGUGUUCCGUCACUCGGCUUUGCUUCGGACACCUCCAUGUCCUCUUCCUUCUCUGUAUGUGUGUUGACCUAAACUAUAUGCCAUAAACCUCAAGUUAUUUUGUUUUGGGGUGAAGAUUCAAUUUCAGUCUUUCAGAUCUAGGUUUCCAAUGAAGUAUAUUGUCAAGUAUUAACAGCACAAGCGAUGGGUUAACUUUAGAAUAGGAAUUGGUGUUGGGGGUGCGGUUUGCAAGAAUUUUUAUUUUAUUUUAAUUUUUUGGAUGAAAAAUUUAUCUAUUAUAUAUUAAGACAUUCUUGCUGCUGUGCUGCAAAGCCAUAGCAGAUUCGAAUGCUGUUGAGGGCUGGAUUUUUCUCCAGUGCGGGAAGUCCUGUUAAAUUGAAAGCCCUACCCAAACUGAAGUGGGAAGGGAGGGAGCGAGCCUUUGACAGCCCUCCCACCUUCUGAAACUGUCUGCCUUGUAAAGCAGGUCCCUUUACUGCUGUGUUAGACACUACAGUUCCUGUCUCUGGGUCGGCAGGGACCUCUGAAGCUUAAUUUAUUUUUCAUCUUAUGGUUUUUCUAAUGGAUUUUCAGGACUUUUGUAAUCUUGUAACUAUCCAAGCUCCACUUCCUAAAUUUUAAGAACUUUAAUGGAAAGUUUAAAUUGAAGGUGCUGUUUGUAGACUCACCACCCAAUGGACGCCCAAUUGUCACUACAAAUCCUUGAGUGUUCUCUAAGAAGACGAUGCUGGUCAUCACAGCUUCAGCAUCUCCUGGGUUCUGAUGCUUGGCUCUCUCUGCUAAUCUCGGCUUCCUGGAUUUUCCUCCCUCAGUUCC